GGGCAUCUUGGGAUAUUUCUCUCUUCUUUCUAGCCCGUCGGCGUGUUUGCUGCCCCGUUUCUCGCCUGGGCGAUGGCCGGUUUCCGCGCUUUGGGUUUGGACCCCUGGCUGGCGUCUCAGGCGGAGCAGCUGGGCUUGUCGAGGCCCACCCCGGUGCAGGAAGCCUGCAUCCCUCCCGCCCUGCAAGGUCGUGACUGCAUGGGCUGCGCCAAAACAGGAAGUGGCAAGACAGCUGCCUUUGUGCUCCCCAUCUUGCAGAAACUUUCCGAAGAUCCUUUUGGCAUCUUCUCCCUGGUCUUGACGCCAACAAGAGAGCUGGCCUAUCAGAUAGCCGAGCAGUUCCGUGUCCUUGGGAAGCCUCUGGGUUUAAAGGACUGCAUCAUUGUCGGGGGAAUGGAUAUGGUCUCUCAAGCCCUGGAGCUGUCUCGGAAGCCCCAUGUUGUCGUUGCUACCCCUGGCCGCCUGGCUGAUCACCUGCGAAGUUCCAACACCUUCAGCCUUCGAAACAUCAAGUUCUUGGUCCUGGACGAAGCUGACCGAUUGUUAGAACAAGGCUGCACCGACUUUACCAAAGACUUGGAAGUCAUCAUGGCUGCACUUCCAGCCAACAGGCAGACAAUGCUCUUCAGCGCCACCCUGACAGACACACUGAAUGAGCUCAAGAAGAUCGCCAUGAACAAACCCUUCUUCUGGGAAUCGAUAUCUGAGGUACGGACGGUGGAAGAGCUUGACCAGCGUUAUCUUCUGGUCCCCGAGAAGGUCAAAGACGCUUACUUGGUCCACCUUGUGCAAACUUUCCAAGAUGAACACGAGGAUUGGUCCAUCAUCAUCUUCACCAACACUUGCAAGACCUGUCAAAUUCUCAACAUGAUGCUCAGGAAGUUCAAUUUCCCAUCCGUGGCUCUCCACUCAAUGAUGAAACAGAAACAACGUUUUGCAGCGCUGGCAAAAUUCAAAUCGAGUGUCUUUAAGAUCUUAAUAGCUACCGAUGUAGCUGCCAGGGGGCUCGACAUUCCCACUGUCCAAGUCGUCAUCAAUCACAACACCCCUGGACUCCCCAAAAUCUACAUCCACAGGGUGGGCCGAACAGCCCGAGCUGGUCGGCAUGGAAUUGCCAUCACGCUGGUGACCCAAUAUGACAUCCAUCUCAUCCAUGCGGUUGAAGAACAGAUCAAAAUGAAGCUUCAGGAGUUUUCCACGGAGGAGCAAAAGGUGCUGAAAAUCCUCACCCAAGUGAACGUGGUCCGACGGGAAUGUGAGAUCAGACUGGAGGCGACCGAUUUUGAUGAGAAGAAGGAAAUAAAUAAGCGGAAGCAGAUGAUCCUGGAAGGAAAGGACCCUGAUCUGGAGAUGCAACGGAAAGCCGAGCUGGCCAAGAUUAAGAAGAAGAAGCUCAAGUUCCAGAGCCAAGUCCACCAGACCCUGCAGGAAAGACAGCAGAAGCAGCUUCAGCAGAAGCUGAAAAAACAGGCGUGGCGGAAGAAGCAGAAGCAGGCGAAGUGAGGCAGCUCGUCCUCCCGCCUUGGAGGCAAAGGACUCAUCUGCGACUGAGCUACCUCCGCCCCCCAAUUUGCCUCGCGCCAAAGGGAGGAAGCUCCUUGUAACUUUAGCCUUUCUGUGAAUGGAUCUGAAGCAUGGGGAGAAAAGGCUUGGGAAAAGGAUGUUAGCAAAGAUCGUCUCUUUGAGGCAUCUCCUUUUCCCAAAACCGAGACUUUCAGUUGGGUUGGGCCCCUGGGGACAGCCCCCCCCCCUUUCCAAAUGAGGGCUGCAUCACAAGAUCCUGUCUCCCAGCCAACAUUUUCAAGUCUCACCAGGCAGCCGUGCCACCGAGCAAAGAUUGGUGAUUUGUGGGUGGUGUUCUGAGCCAGGCUUCCUUAAAAAGCAAGGAGCAGAAUCUUGGUCCAGACAAAACCUCUAUUAGAUACACGGCUGUGAAUUCCUUUCAUUCACAGUCAGCAAAGCUUGGCUAACAGUCUUUCAGAGGAAUAUCUAUCAGCACGAACCUUAUCUCUGCCAGAUAACUAGUUUCCAAAUGCAGAGCAAGGCAACACUUGGCAAAGAGUCUCU